CAAACAUACGUGCUGCCUCCCUCGCACGAUUCGAUUCACCACGAAACCGUCGGCAGCCUAGCCUCUUGACUACACCACAGGGAUGCACUUGCGCCUCUUGACAGAUGGCUCCGCCUCCUCAGCCUCUGCCUCCCACGCCAUGUCCACAUCAGAGUCGUCGCCGUCUGUGUCUGAGUCGAUGUCUCCCUCGGCGUCGGUGCUGUGGCGUCUGUUGUCUGGCGUCUCGGGGUAGUGCUUGGGCGUCACGGCGUUGCGCCUCUUCCUGCGGUUGGAGCUGCUGCUGGGGGUGGUGCUGCUGUCCUCCUCGUGUGUGUCCUCCUUGUGUGUGUCCUCCUGAGUGACGCCCUGACACCACAGAGACACACACAUCCAUCCAUCCAUCCAUCCAUGUCCCCGCUCAGCUCAGCUUGGCUGACCUGCCCUGGAGCGUUGCUGGUGUCUUGUGUCUCCUCUUGGCUGUCAGCGCGCGACUGCUGCGGCUGCUCGGGCUCCUUGGUCAUGAUCAAACCCUGACACACAUGUUGAAAGAAUGAUGCCAGUUUUUUCAGCGCAUCCCAUGGAUGGAUGGAUGGAUGGAUACGUGCGUACCGCCUGCUCGAGCGCCGUUGCGAGGUCAUCCUUGUGGUAUGAGUCCACGAUGGGAUGCCGCCGUCCUUGCGGUUUGCCGUACUCGUCUAGGCUGGUGGAAUGAGGCCACAUAGACAGACAAACAGACAGACAGACCUUGAUCCACUCGCUCAGCAUGGAUCAGCGGGGCUGCAUUAAUAACGGUGUCUCACGUACCACAUGAUGAUGAUGCCGAUCCGGCGUCUGAUGUCGGCAUACACCGACGGCUGCGGCACGGCGAACGGCAGCUCAUCGACGUGUUGUAGCAGCGACUUCAGACGCGGGUAGAUCUCCUUUCCCAUCUCGCCUGCACAUCAACCACAGCCAAACCACGGCAGGUCACUACAAGUGACCUUUUUGUCUGUCUGUGGCUGGCGCACCCACACACGCCCCCACCUACCCGGCAGCAUCUCCUUGAUCUGCAGUAGCGCCUUCUGCUCCAUCUUCUCGCGGGCGUACAGGAACUGCACGCCGGUCUUCUGGCGGUCGUUGCCCUCCCUGGUCCGCCUCUGGAGUGAGACCAUGGUGGGGUCGGUGUGCAUUGCCGCCGCGGUGACCAUGUGUAUGGUGAGCCUCACAGCCGCCGACAGGUCCUCCCUGAACCAAUGAAUGAACAAAUGACUUUCCACCUCUCUCUCCCAGCUCCCCUCCACGUGUGCCUCCUUCCCUGCGUGAUUCCUUGCCUCAUUCACCCACCUGCCGCAAGGAAGGUCGCCCCGAAGCGUGUGUGGGCUGGCGAACAGGGGAGCCCCCCUCAGCCCUCCUCGGCUCUGCUGGCCAUUGCUGCUCAUCAGCCGGUCCAGCAGCGGGCGGUUCUGGAAGGCCUUGAUGGCCUUGAUGUCCAGGUCCGCCGAGCGAGUGGCGUCGAUGAGCUUGGCUGCCGGCGGGGAAGUCGCGGUGAACAUGGUGUUGCCGGGGUUGAUGUCCUCGUGCGACUUGCCCGCGCGGCAGAACUGCUCCAGCCCCACCACCUGUAUUUCGCAUUCACACACAAUACAUACAGACAGGCAAGGGAUUCUCAACAUGGCUGAUGGUUUGAUGAAUGACAAUGCAUCACGCCGUACCAUCUCGCUGCAGGUCUGCAGAGCGGCCUUGAGGGGCAGCGGCCGCUGCAUCUUGGCCUGAUAGGCCCUAAGCAGGUCGUUCACAUCGCACUGCAGCCGCUCCAUGAUGAUGAUGGGCAUCUUGCGGCCGCCCUCAACCUCCACCCAUGCCACCCCCACCACCCUCGGCACCCUGGGACCCCCCUCAUCCCCCGCCUCCUCGGCCCUUCGCCACACUGCCGUCAGGCUGGCCGCUUCCGCCAGGAUGGCGGCGUCGUUGCUGGCGUCGUGGGCCGAUUUGCCGACGCAUCUGUGCACCAGCGGCAGGUUGCCGCUCGUGGGGGCCAGCAACGUUGUUGCCCCGUCGGCGCCCUUACUAAUCAGCUUCUCCACCGUCAACUCGACCACUUUUCUCUCCCCGCCGCCGUCAUCGGCGAGGAGCAGCGAAAUCUUGGCGCCGGGAGAGGGAUAUAAUGGCGGAGGGCCGGCCGCGGUUGACAUGAUGGGAGAUGCAGGAAAUGGGGGGAUGGGAGAUCGUCACAAAUGGCAGCUGGGAUGCAGCUGACGUUAAAGAGCUCUCGCAAAGGGCGCGGAGAACUCAGAUGGCUCGCCUUGCAAGCCG